AUGUGGGAUUGCCAUAAUUGUCUUCAAACCCUUUGUGAUGCUUCGUUUCUAGAGUAUGAUGCAGCAAGUGAAACGUAUGCCAUGCACAACAUUAUACAGGCAUUUGCACAAAAUCAAACUUCACAGGAAAACUUAGAUCGUUUCAGAGCGACUUUCUUGGCAUUUAUGGAGCAUCUGAUUGAUCAGAUCCACACACUGGCUAUAGCAGAAAAAGGUCGCGGGGCAUCCACUUUUUUUGAAAAAGACAGAGAUAAUCUUUUGGCGUGUAUCGGUUUUUUUGAGGCAUUGCAACCGGGCUCAAAGAAAGCCACUUACAACAUAACGAAAAAAAUAGCUUUCAGUCUCAGACAAAUAGGGAGGUUCACUGACUCUAUUAGAUGUUUCAAACAAUUAUUAAAAUUCACUAAAGAACAAGGACAACAAACUGAAAAUUCCGACCUAGCAUUCUUCCAUUAUAACAUAGGUUAUCUACAGGGGCAACUUAGUGAUCCUCGUGCCGCUGUUGAAAAUUUGUCCAUUGCAAUAGCCGAGUAUGAGAAGCAGAGAGAGGGUUGUGAUUACAAGGAUUAUUGUAAGUCCUGCUAUAAUUUGGCACUAAUGCUUGACACAAAAGAAGAUUAUGCACGCUGUUUGGACAUACUGAAAAAAUGUUUUGACGAGGCCACUGUUAACCAUGAUUUAAGUAUGCAGUAUCUUGCACAGGGCACCAUUGCAAAAAUCAAAGCCAGACAAGGUGACGAAGAGGCUGUUAUGUCGACUUUGCACGACAUAUUAAGGUCAAAUCCAGAAAUGGACGGUAAGGAAAACGGAGUAGGUGUGGAGGCCUUGCACGAGGCGGCUUUUGCUUUGGCUGGCAUUGGCAAAAAAGAGGAAGGUUUAUCUUUUUGUAGACGGGCAGUUGCUGUAGCCAAACACUGCUAUGGCGAUCACCCUGAAACUGCCAUUGUUCUCGGGAACUUGGGUUACCUCAUGGUUAACAACGGCAAAGAAGACGGUGCCAUAGCUGUCCUCGGGGAAGCUAUAGCUAUGAGAAAGAAGACACUGGGAGAUUACCAGACAGAUGACAUAAUAUUUCAUUUAGCUUUUGCAAAGUCUGCACUGGGAAACCACGAAGAGGCCCUCAAAAGAUACCAAAGAGCUCUAUGUAUAAAUGAACAGGUUUUGGGUGGAACACACGAUCUUUCCGGUGUAAUAUACGCUAUUAUAGGUUUUGAAAUGAAAGAACUGGGCAAUGCAGAUGGUGCUGUGGAUGCCUGUAGGAGAGCUCUAGCUAUAAUGGGAGAAUGCCACGAAUAUACAAUACACACAAUGAUUUUAAUGGCGCGUGCCCUAACUGCACAGGGAAAUUCCGCAGAGGCCAUCAGUACACUCCAAAGAGCUCUUCAUAUACAAGAGAAAGUACUUAGUGACAGUCAAAGUACGGGUUCUAUACUACAUACCAUAGGGUAUAAUUUGAUAACACUAGAAGAUGCAGAUAGUGCUGUGGAUGCUUUCAGAAAAGCUCUGUCAAUGCAGGAGAAGGUGCUGGGAGAAUAUCACGAAGAGACAGCAGCUACACUAUGUUCCUUGGGUCGCGCCAUGUCCGCACAGGGAAAGCACGCCGAGGCCCUCAGUGCAUUCCAAAGAGCUCUACAUAUACAGGAGCAACUUAAGGGUGAAACUCAUGAUACUGCCUCUACCGUUCAUGAUAUAGGCAUGGAAAUGAUAAGGCUACAUGACAUAAAUGGUGCUACAUCAACUUUCAGAAGAGUAGUAGCUAUGAUGGUGAAUAUUGUCGGAAAAUAUCACGAAGAGACCGCGCAGCAUAUUUUUUUGCUAGCCACUCUCCUAUCUAAACAGGGAAAGCACGCAGAGGCUCUCAAAACAUUCCAAAGAGCUCUACGCAUACAGGAGCAAGUGCUAGGUGAAAGUCGCCAAAUAGCGGAUACAUUACAUUGCAUAGGUCUUGAAAUGAUUACCCUGGGAAAAGGAGAUUUUAGGGAUAUCUUCAAGAGAGUUCAUGCCAUUAACGAAAAUAUGCAGGGAGAAUAUGAGGGAGAAAAAGAAGACAAAAUAGAGAAAAUGCUCGAGUUAACAAGUGCCCUGUCUAAAAUGGGACUACACUCAGAUGCUCUUAAUUGUUACCAAAAAAUAUUGAUUUUAGCCGAGCGAACUCUGGGCGAAAGUGAAAAAACAGCUACUACACUGCACUACAUAGGUUUGGAAAUGCUAAUGCUGCGCAAUCCAAAUGGUGAUGUGGGUAAACUCAGGAGAGCCCUGGCUAUAAGAGAGAGAACAUUGGGAGAAUGUCACCUACACACAGCAGAUACAUUACACGUGCUAUCCUGCGCUUUGUGUAUGCAGGAAAAACACGCAGAAGCUUUAAGUGCACUGCAAAGAUCUCUUACGAUACACGAAAAACUGAUGGGUGAAAGUCGCAUUACAGCCCAAAUACUGCACUUCAUAGGGAUGGAGAUGAUGAGAAUAAAAGAUACAGACGGGGCCGUGAAUGCCAUCAGGAGAGCUUUGGCUAUGAGGGAGAAGACACUGGGAGUUGAUCACAAAGAUACAACAGAUACAAUAUUUCUUUUGGGUCUUGCCAUAUCAGCACAGGGAAACCACGCAGAAGCCCUCACUACAUACCAGAGAGCUCUAGGCAUACAGAAGAAAACGAUGGGUGAAUGUAUAAGCACAGCUACUACACUGCACUGCAUUAGCCAUGAAAUGCAAAUGCUGGGUGAUAAAGAAGGAGCUAUGAUAGUAGUCAUCCGGGCAAUAGUUAUGGGAAUGAAAAUCAUUGGAAAAAUACCACAAUGA